UUUAAGCGAAUGUCGCAUACCCAAAAAACCCUAACACACCGCUAUAUAAUCUGGAGCAGGCCUCCCAGAGUAGUCUCUGCGGCCAGUCCAAAACCCUAAUUCUCUAAGGGUUGGCAGGAGGAGGAGAGAGUAGGAGACAUGGCGGUGCCGUUGCUGUCCAAGAAGAUCGUGAAGAAGAGGGUCAAGAAGUUCAAGAGGCCUCAGAGCGAUCGCAAGGUCUCUGUCAAGACAAACUGGCGCAGACCCAAGGGUAUUGAUUCUCGAGUCCGUAGAAAGUUCAAGGGAUGCACUCUGAUGCCCAACAUUGGUUAUGGGUCAGACAAGAAGACCCGCCAUUAUCUUCCUAAUGGUUUCAAGAAAUUUGUUGUGCACAAUGCUCAAGAGCUUGAACUGUUGAUGAUGCACAACAGGACUUACUGUGCUGAGAUUGCACACAAUGUGUCCACAAGGAAGAGGAAAGAGAUUGUGGAGAGAGCAGCCCAGCUUGAUGUUGUUGUUACCAACAAGCUGGCCAGGUUGCGCAGCCAGGAGGAUGAGUGAGCUCAACUUAGAAUGUCUCUGUUGCAUUAAGUUUAGGUGUGAGAGAUUCAAUCAAAGAUGCAUUUUUGUUUGGAUAUUGGAUAUUUUUCUUGUUUUCAAAUAUGUUGCUUUGAACAUAGGCCGUGAUGUUACUUUUGACUGAAUCAUAUUAGAUGAUCUAUGUUUGCUUAAUAUUUAAUUUUUCAGACAA